AUGCCUGCGUAUGACGUCGUUGUGCUGGCUGCCAAUACCGCGGGCUCGCGCGAGAAGCUGGUCGGCCUGCUCCGCAACUGUGCGACCAAGCUCUGGAGCCGCGGCGCGGUGAUCACAGAGGUGCGCUCGUGGGGCAUCCGCGAUCUCGCGUACCGGAUCCGGCAGCGAGGCGUGAACCACUACCGAGCGCACUACCUCACGCUCGACCUCUUCUGCUCGCCCGCCUCCCUCUCGGAGCUCGAGAGCACGCUGCGCACGAGCCCCCUCGUGCUGCGGUGGAUGCCUCUGCGCAAGCGCGACGCCGGCAGAGAGGCCAAGUACGAGUACCGCAACCUCGUGAUGCAGCGUGUCUUCGAGGGCAAGACGCGGCAGGAGAUGCUGGCCGAGCAACUCUCGCAGCACCGCUUCGCAUCGCCAACCGCGUAUCGGCCAACGUCGCCUCGCUCCGCGCCGCCGGAUCUUGUGCAGAUUGGCUCGUGA